AACACAAAAACAGAACCCUUUCUUUCUUUCUUUUAAGCACCUACGCGAACAGUGUCUUCUUUUCUCUCUCUUCUUUGUUUGUUUCUCAACGAAAGGCGAAAUUUCGGGGAUGGUGUGUCCUUGACCUUCACAGCCGCGUGACGUUAUCAUUGCCUCUAUCCAUCUCUGCUUCUUUCUUUCUUUCUUUCUCUGCUAUGCUAUUGCUGCUAACACCCCUUUGGAACCUUCCCUGUUUAUGAUGCUUUGACUUCUUCCUAAAUUCUGUCCCACGUUGAUUGAUUCUCUUUCUCUCUCUCUGGGUUCUCUGGCAUCAAAGUUCGUACCUUUUGUGGUUUGGAUGGAUCUGAUGCCAGUUUGGUUUUCUGGGGUGUCUGUGUUCCUUAACCCACUUUCCUCCUUUUUAGGAUACUCGUCUAAUUGAAUUUUUUUUUCCUUUUUUGCUCAAGUUAUUUUCUGAUUUUGGUUCUUCAGUUUGCUUAUGCUGUUUUGGUGGCUUUGGAAGUUUGAACAAGGGGGUUCUUAGAUCCUUUUGCACUUUUCCCUUGCUGAAAUUUUUCAGACAUAUCAAAUAUUUGCGUUUAUUUUUUUCCAUAUGAGCAUAGCUCUUGAAAUAGAGAAAGUCUCUUUAGCUUAUUUUUUUUUUAUUUUUGUUUUGUUUUAAGGAAACUUGUGAGGGGUUGGAUCAGAUGUCAUGUGUCUUGUGAGUUUUGCUCCAUGAAAUUUGUAGUUAACACAUAUACAUAUCAGUGUUUAUCGUAUACACGGUGUCUAUAGUUUCAUUUUUUAUAGGUUUCUUUGGGUUUUCGGUCUGUGCUGGGAAAUUCAUGGUUUUUUUAUAUCAGAAGAUAUGUUCUAGGUUCACUUUGGCUCUCAAGUUGUUGAUAAAAUGGCUUAUUCAGCCGAACCCUCAUCAUCUUUGAGCUUUACCUCAUCUUCCCAUCUAUCAAAUGGGUCGGUUAGUCACAACAUAUGCUCUUCUUAUGGCUCUGACCCUGGACCUAACCUUGAGGCUCUCAGUUUGAGUAAGCUUAGCUCCAAUUUUGAGCAGCUUUUGAUUGAAACUGAUUGUGAUUAUAGUGAUGCUGACAUCGUUGUGGAGGGAAUUUCGGUUAGUGUUCAUCGAUGUAUUCUGGCCUCUAGGAGUAAGUUUUUCCAUGAAUUAUUCAAGAGAGAGAAGGGUUCAUCAGAAAAAGAAGGGAAAUUGAAGUAUAACAUGAGUGAUUUGUUGCCUUAUGGCAAGGUUGGAUAUGAAGCCUUCCUCAUAUUCCUUGGCUAUGUAUAUACUGGUAAACUCAAGCCCUCUCCAAUGGAAGUGUCUACUUGUGUUGACAGUGUGUGUGCCCAUGAUGCUUGUAGACCUGCCAUUAACUUUGCUGUGGAGUUGAUGUAUGCCUCUUACAUUUUUCAAAUACCAGAGUUUGUAUCACUUUUCCAGAGACGUCUACUUAACUUUAUAGGGAAGGCUCUUGUGGAAGAUGUCAUCCCAAUCCUCACUGUUGCUUUCCAUUGUCAAUUGAGUCAACUUGUCAAUCAAUGCAUUGAUAGGGUGGCCAGAUCAGACCUUGACCAGAUUUCAAUUGACCAAGAGCUUCCAAAUGAACUCUCACAAAAAGUUAAAUUGCUCCGCCGCAACCCUCAGCGAGAUGUUGAAAACGAUGCUUCUAUAGUGGAUGCUUUGUCUCUAAAAAGAAUCACUAGAAUACACAAGGCAUUGGAUUCAGAUGAUGUUGAGCUUGUUAAACUUCUUUUAAAUGAAUCAGACAUUACUUUAGAUGAAGCCAAUGCUCUCCAUUAUGCUGCAGCCUACUGUGAUCCCAAGGUUGUUUCUGAGGUACUUGGUUUGGGACUCGCUAAUGUCAAUCUUCGAAAUUCUAGGGGGUACACAGUGCUUCACAUUGCUGCCAUGCGUAAAGAGCCUUCCAUUAUAGUAUCCCUACUUACGAAAGGGGCUUGUGCAUCAGAUUUGACUUUUGAUGGUCAGAGUGCUGUUAGUAUUUGUAGGAGGUUGACAAGGCCAAAGGAUUAUCAUGCAAAAACAGAGCAGGGGAAAGAAACAAACAAAGAUCGGAUAUGCAUCGAUGUUCUUGAAAGAGAAAUGUGGAGGAAUCCAUUGGCUGGGGAUGCCUGUAUGUCUUCCCAUACCAUGGCUGAUGAUCUCCACAUGAAACUACUAUACCUUGAGAACAGAGUGGCAUUUGCAAGACUUUUCUUCCCUUCAGAAGCCAAACUAGCCAUGGACAUUGCACAUGCUGAGACAACAUCUGAGUUUGCUGGUCUUUCUGCAUCAAACUCAAAAGGUUCAAAUGGAAACUUAAGGGAGGUUGAUCUCAAUGAAACUCCUAUAGUUCAAAGUAAAAGACUUUUUUCUAGAAUGGAAGCCCUUAUGAAAACAGUGGAGAUGGGGCGGCGCUACUUCCCGCAUUGCUCGGAAGUGUUGGAUAAGUUCAUGGAGGAUGACUUGCCUGACUUGUUUUACCUUGAAAAGGGUACUAAUGAAGAGCAGAGAAUCAAAAGGACACGUUUCAUGGAGCUUAAAGAUGACGUCCACAAGGCUUUCAACAUGGACAAGGCCGAGUUUAGCCGCUCUGGGAUUUCAUCUUCAUCAUCCUCAUCAUCCCUCAGAGAUUCUGUUGUACAUUACAAGGCUAGGAAAGUGUAAUAAUAAAAGCAUACAUAGCGUUUUUUAUUUUGACAUACAUAUUAUAUAUAGUGCAAAUUUGAAAGGUGAAGCCUACCAACUCAUCUGUAAAAUUGUGAAAGCAGGAAAGUUGAUGUUAUAGUACCUUUUGUAAUCAACUUGCUCAUGUAUUUUGAAAAUAUUUUCAUAUGUUUGGUGGAGAAAUUUACGGCAUUUUUUUUGAAGAUAAAUAUAUAGUAUCUACCUUUAAUCUCCAAA